UAGGCUUGUAUUUGGAUCAGGAGUGUUGGAAAAACAUUACAACAAAAUAAUACAAGCUGACCCUAUGUUGUAUUCUAUAAGCCAACAACCUUUUCCCUAUCAUGCUAGUAUAUACUUCAAUGAGAUUCAUUUUUCAAACCAUCCUUCAGUCAUGAAUUUCACGGGACAUAGUAUGAGCAACUCUCCAAGCAAUAUCACUACAAUAAGUAGUAGAUAUAAUCGAGGUUAUGAUCAUGGUCUUUCAUCCACUAAUAAUAAUGAGCAACCCAACUACACCAAUGACCAAUCACAAUUCAGCCUUAUGUCGUCGGCGAACCUGGGGACUACACAUCAGCAAGCUGGUUACGUGCAUUCCAGUAGUGUACAUGCUGCGACCAUGGAAAAUAAUACAGGACAAGAUCCUCUAGGCUAUCAGAAUUCCAUGCAGCAGAUGACACAACUUGGGGAUAAUACUCUUGAUCAUUCUAGUCAUGAUGCAGGAGGAAAUCAGAAUCAGAAUUAGUGCAGAGCAGCAGAAAAGUUCCUUCUAACGUACUGACAGUACAAGCAAUAUAUUUCAUAGGAACUGUAUUUUUUUGUUGUAGUAGUAAAUUUGUGACUAGGGUUUUAGCUACCACUAUAAAAAUAGUCAAUUUUUGUGGUCGCAAACGUGUUGCAUUAGCUAAUAAUGAGUUAAUGACCGAUGACGGACGCUAGCUUACUUGUACAUACAUAGUUCAUUUCCAGCGACAGCGAGUAGUUUGUGUUUAGGUGUUGAUUUAAAGAUUGUUUUCUUUUA